AUGUCCUUCCAACCAACACCGACUGACAUCCCCGUCGCAAUUACAACCCCAUUUACAUCUUCCCCCUCCGACGAACCCCGCCUGCAUUCAGAACGCCGCAUAACUCCAACAUGGACCGUCCAGCAGGUCAAGGCAAAGUUGGAGACCAUGACUGGCAUACCACCAAGCAGCCAAAAGCUCCGUCUCAAGACACCCGGCCGUGCAGAACAUUGGGUUGAUGGCGAUGACACAAUAAUUGGGGAGUGGGGGUUGACGCGGGGAUGUGAGAUUGAGGUCCAUGAUACACGGCCCCAAGCGGCACGAGUGAAUUUCACCGACCUCUCAUCCGUGGAGAAGUACGUCCUUCCAACAGAGACAUACGAAAGCCUGCCGAAUUCGGUCCUUGCGUGGAAGAAGAGCCAGAAGCUGGGGCGGUUUGAUCCGAACGCGCUUUCGCCAGUUGAAGCGAUGGCUGAGCAAGCGAGGAAGGAUAAGGAGGAGGUCGAGAAACGUGACAUCUCCGUUUCAAAACGAGCAAUCAUUCUCCCUUCUUCACCACCCCAUGUCCGCCGUGGCACGAUCCGCUUCGUUGGCCCCGUCCCGGCAAUCCCAGUUCCCGGUGUUGACAUAGAGACCGUGGACACCCCAGCACUGCCCAUCUGGGUCGGGAUUGAACUCGACGAGCCAACAGGGAAGAACGACGGGAGUGUCAAUGGGAAACGGUACUUUAUGUGCCCAAAUCGGUGCGGAGUCUUUGUGAAACCGGAGAAGGUGCAGGUGGGGGAUUUUCCGCCGCUUGGGCUGGAUGAUGAGUUGGACGAGGACAUGGAGGAGAUCUAA